AUGCAUCCAGUUUUCGGAUACCAAGCAUAUGCGGGUAGCGUGCUAUAUGCAAGAAGCGGUGCCGUAUGCAAAGAGCGGUGCAAGCUGAAGGCGGCACAAUGGCAGAUGCCGUCCAGAAUCAAGCUAUAUAUAUCGACUUACUCUCUGGAAUCCGUCCAAAUCCACAUACCUGCCUUCUCACCACAAGCCAGCCAAAAUGCCCUUCCAACCCUCGAGGCCGCACGCGCAAAGUUCAAAUCUAUCAACGGUGAUGAGCUUGUAAAUAAUGUUUUUCGGCCAUUUUUUGUUGAUGGUGGAAUGGAGAAGAGACUUGGCCUGGCUAUCCUCCAUCGCCAUUUUGAUUUGAAUGUCGAUGAGAGGCUUGUCGACUAUAAUGGGACCUCUCUUCCUUGGCCUACGGCUCACACCCAGGAGAUAGAGGAGCCCUAUGCUUCUAUCUGGUCAAAGGCCGCCGACGGCACGUUCCGGCCUACCGAGUAUCGUUACUCACAGAAUCCUGAGGCGGCGGCAAUCGGCCCAGCAGAACUCAAUUUUAUGGAAGAGUUCGAUAAGCUCCUUCAACAGCACGGCGCAUCGGACCUCUUCGGCCUUUGUCUCUACCCAGGAGACGACUUCGAAGGUUCCUGUGAGAUCACCGUGGGUAGAGCCAACAUCAAUUUGAAACCGGCAGAU